UUUUCCUAAAACUCUCUACCUUUUUUCACAUUUAUCACUCCCGUCUCAAAUCUAAGAAAAUAUCUCCACCGCCAUGCCGCAACCACUCCGUUCCUCCUCUAGCGGUGGUUCGCCACCGUCGCUGCCGUCGAAAUCGAAGGAAAAGUUCUUGUCUUUGAUCCUAAAAGCCGUGAUUAUGAUGCUUCUCAUCUGUUUCUUCUUCCUCAUCCUCCCUCUGGCCUCUUUUUUGCUGUUCCUACCUCUUGUCCUCCGCCACCGCCGUCACCGUCUCCGCCAACGCCGCUACUCUCGUCUCUCAUAUGGGUUUUCUGUGAAACAGCUCAGGAAGCUUCCCCAAUUAAGAUUCUCCCAGGAAACGACAGACGGCCAUUCGGAAUCAGAUACGUGUGCUAUUUGCUUGGAUGAAUUCAAUCAAGGGCAAUGGUGUAGGAACCUUGUUGGGUGCGGCCACUUGUUUCAUCGCAGGUGUUUGGAUUCUUGGCUGAUCCAAGUUACUUCUUGUCCUAUUUGUAGAACUAGGGUUUGCCUGGACGACGAAGGUCCAAGAAGUGCCGAGUUUCAGGGUUUGUUAGAUUUGUAAGUCUUAUAUUUGCUCUAAGAUUUUGAGAGUCUAUGGAAAAUUUCAUCCUUUUUUUGUAUUAUAAACUGUACAGCUCCUUUUUCUUAAUAAUCGUUAUGAAAAUAAUGCAUAAAAGAUGGCAGCCUACAGGCUUGAGCCUUGAAAUGA